UUUUGUGGUCAAAAUCUUCUCAGCCAUUUUGGCUGUUGGUAAAAAAAAAAAGUUAAUUUAGGGUCCUGAUGAUUACACAUAACUUAUCUCAUAGGCGGUCUAUUUAGCUACAUUACAUGCAAAUGCUGGUAUUAUGUUGCUGCUAAUCAUGCUAGUGCUAGAGUAGGCAGACAAUCUCCCCAUCUUGCAUCGUCAAGGAUCAACUAACCACAACAAGCAUGUAUUCAGUAAAAGUUGACUUGUUCUGAGUGAUUAAAUGGCUGCUGGAGAAAGUAUUUGUCAAGACAUUAAGCCCCUACUAGACACUGUCGUCUGUGAAGCAUCUCACCUCCUGAAACUAUCUGAGGACCUUGGUUUAGGCUAUCCUGACCACAACAGGCAGCAGAGCGACAUGUCUGGUUCAGGUCCUACUUUUAAUGGAUGCUCUGAGUUCAGAAAACGCCCAGCCAAACAGCCACACCACCAUCGUUCACCAGAAAGUGUCUCUCUGCUGUCUGAGAUGGAGAUGUUAAAAAAGGAACUGCAUGACAUUCAGCACAAACACCAGCUUAUUGCAAAUGAGCUAUAUUGCGCCGGUGCGUGUGGUAACACUCACUUAGACCUGACACUCCUGCAGCACCAAAGUAGAGACAAGGUGCAACUUUUGGAGCAGACACGAGGCCUGCAUGUUCCCAAUGUCGAUGCUCUCACUGGUAGGCCUACUGGGGAACAGGUGGUAAAAGACAUAAAGGCAGCCCAUUCAGUUGCGGCAGAUGUGAAUUCACCUAAAACCAAAACAAACCAAAUCACUGAAGACAAUAUGCAAAUCUUCAAUCAUGCUGUAGAAACGACUGAGAUGAAUACAAUUACAGAUACAACGAUAUUGAAGAUGCAGCUAAAACUCUCUGAGAAGGAGAUAGCGUCCUUGCAGGGGGAACUGAGGGCGUCAACUCUGAAGUCCAAGACUCUGGAAGAACAGCUCUUUAACGCAGAACAAAAAAUGCAGUCGAUGCAAGACAAAUUGAUAACUACCAAUGAAAAGACAAUUAGCUUGGAGGAAGCUCUCAGGGUAUCGGGAGAAGCCAUGCAGUCUCUCAGGAAGUCCCUGCAGGAUCGAGACGUCGAAGCAAGCACAGCCAGAGAACAACUGAAGCUUUUGGAGAAGCACAACUUGGAACACCAGGAGACGAUCAAGAAGAUGACAUCAUCUCAUGGAGCAUCAGAGAAUCUCUACCGAAAAAGAUUGCCAGAGGUGGAAGCUGGUUUAAAAAGUUACAAAAUGCAGGUGGACUUCUUGCAAGACACGUUGAGAGGAGUGGAGAUCACACAUAAGGAGGAAAUGGAAGAACUCACCAAUGAAAUGGAGAAACAGACCAUGCAUCUGCAAUACUUACAGGGUCAAGUUUUGGAUCUGUCAAAGAAAUUGCUAAGAGAGCAACAGCGAGUCAGGAAAAUCCUUGAAGGAUCCACUAAAUCUGAGGAAUGUGCACAAAUUAAUUCGCAAGAAGCAAGACAAGGCGACAUGACCCAGCAUGACCAGCAGUCUGGCGCUAUGCCAGAUGUGAGCAGGAGGGGGCAGUCUGGGGCAACAAAUGACAGUAACGGUGCACAGGGAAGCAGGUACACAUGUGGACCGGCACAGGUGGAAUGUCCUCUGCAGGCCGGUCUUAGUAGCUUGCUGCAUGAGUUUGUGGACCUGAAGAAAAACCUCCACGAAAUGUUCGAACACAGCGCUGCAAGAGAAGACCAGAAGAGGUGUGAGUGGAUGAAGGUUCUUGACAGGAGUCAAGAAUGGGAGAAACGUGCAGGAAAAUUGGUUGACUCCGUGUCUCAUGUCCACAACCCUCAAAUGAUUGAAAGUCAGAGAAGCCUCAGUGAUGGGAUGGAUGGGGUGACAAGAAGGCCAUUGGCCCACCACACAUACUCUCCAGACGUGGUGUCUGACAAACAGGACACUGGAGCUCACUCUGGUUCUUGGAAUUGUCCCAUGCCAGAUAAGGAACAGUGGAAGCCAUGUCAGUUCCGCUCACAAAAUGAAACCAGAACCCCUGACAGCAUGAAACACUUUUCGAGGCUGCACCACCACCUAAAGGAUGUCCAAACAGCGUGCUUCUCCAUGGACACUCAAGGUUCACGACGGAUGCCGUGAUGUCAACCAUUUCAGUUCCUUUUUUUGUUUCUAUUUUGUUUUAAAAAAAUAAACCUAAAUUCUAUUCUAAGUACCUUGA